CUCUGUUUAUAACUCGCGAGCUGGCAGGUUGUGCGCAGAAUCAUAUCUAGCGCGAGUGGUACAGGUUCGAAGCUCGAGCGUUAGUGACUAACCGACAGAGUGACCCAGGCACAAUGUCUCAAUCUAAAGGCACAGUUGUCUUAGCCUACAGCGGUGGAUUGGACACCUCAUGUAUUCUGGUUUGGCUGAAAGAACAAGGAUAUGAAGUUAUUGCAUAUCUGGCUGACGUAGGACAGGAUGAAGAUUUUGAGGCUGCUCGAGCAAAAGCAGUAUCGCUGGGAGCUAAAAAGGUUUUUAUUGAAGAUUUGCGGAAAGAGUUUGUAGAAGAGUUCAUCUGGACAUGGGUUCAGUCAAAUGCUGUCUAUGAAGACAGAUACUUCCUCGGAACAUCACUAGCUAGACCCUGUAUUGCUCGAGGCCAGGUUAAGAUUGCAAAACAGGAGAAAGCUCAGUUUGUGUCCCAUGGAGCCACUGGGAAGGGAAAUGAUCAGAUUCGGUUUGAGUUGACUUGCUAUGCUCUGUAUCCUGAAGUCAAGAUAAUUUCACCAUGGAGGUUACCUGAAUUUUACAAUCGAUUCAUGGGCCGCACUGACUUGAUGGAAUAUGCAAAGAGACACGGCAUUCCAGUUCCUGUUACUCCCAAAAGCCCUUGGAGUAUGGAUGCUAACAUCAUGCAUAUCAGCUAUGAGUCUGGGAUCCUGGAAAACCCCAAGAAUCAUGCACCAGAUGGAAUGUUUAUGAUGACAGUUGACCCAUCAAAGUCUCCGAACACUCCUGAUGAAUUGGAGAUUGAGUUCAAAAAUGGUGUCCCUGUCAAGGUCACCAACCUGGGGGACAAGACUACUCGCACCUCGCCCCUUGAACUGUUCAUGUACCUCAAUGACAUUGGAGGUAAGCAUGGGGUUGGACGGAUAGACAUCGUGGAGAAUCGCUUCAUUGGCAUGAAAUCGCGUGGUAUCUAUGAGACCCCAGGUGGGACGAUUCUGCGUGAAGCUCAUAUGGACAUUGAGGCCUUCACCAUGGACAAGGAAGUGAGGAAAAUCAAACAGCAACUGUCACUGAAGUUUUCUGAGCAGCUGUACAACGGAUUUUGGGAUAGCCCUGAGUGUAAAUUUGUACGGCACUGCAUCAACAAAUCACAGGAACAUGUUGCAGGGAAAGUUCAAGUAUCUGUCUUUAAGGGGCACGUUUAUGUUCUUGGCCGUGAAUCACCUACUUCCUUGUACAACCAGGAUCUUGUCAGCAUGAAUGUGCAGGGUGAUUAUGACCCAAUUGAUGCAGGUGGAUUUAUCAAGAUCUGCUCUUUGAGAUUGAAGGAAUACCAUCGCCUCCAGAGUUCCAUGGUUCCAAAAUCCAAGUGAAUAAGGUUGGACUUUGACUAUCGCAUCGACACAUUUGAAUUUUGCAGGAUAUGAAACUUUCACAAAUGAAAGUGUGGAUUUCCCCUGAAUGUUAUGGUUUUAGUUUAAAUAUAAUAAAUCAUCUUGAACACAAAAA